AUGGAGAUCGUAGCCAACGUCAGCGGUAGUUUCGUGCUCCUGGGGCUGGUAGAGAUGGAGAUGCAAAAAUAUCUCUACUUCCCAUUUUUUACGGUGAUCUAUCUCUUUACUCUGAUGAUAAAUAGCAUCAUUGUGCUGGUGGUGCUGAAGGAAAAGACCCUCCAUGAACCUAUGUACAUUCUCAUAGCCAGCCUGGUCUUCAACGGGAUUUUCGGAAGCUCCUCAUUUUUUCCAAAACUGAUAGUUGACUUGAUCACCUCCUCGAAGACGAUUUCUCAUAGCGAGUGUCUGAUCCAAGCUUUUUGUAUUACCACUUUUGCAUUGUUAGAAAUGAGCACUUUUACAGUUAUGGCCUACGACCGUUACUUGGCAAUAUGUCAACCUCUUCAAUAUUCCACCUUGAUGACCAAUGCCAAGGUCCUGAGGAUCACUGCUACAUGUUGGGUCACAGCCUUCAUCUUUGUAUUCAUAACUAUUCUUAUGGCGUGGCGUCUUUCUCUUUGUGGGAAUAAAAUUAACAGUAUUUAUUGUGACAACAUGUCUUUCAUUGUCCUGUCUUGCCUGGACGCUUUAGUGAAUAGAAUUUAUACAGCUGUUGUAACCUCCUCUUACUUUUCCAUUACUAUUUUGGUUACUGUCUUCUCCUACUUCAGGAUAUUUAUUGUCUGCCUGCGAAUCUCCAAAGAGUCCCGUCAGAAAGCCAUCCACACCUUGGUGACGCAUUUACUCAACUUUUCCAUAUUUUUGAUGGGAUUUUUAUUUGUUUUUUUGAGGUACCGACUAGAGGCAGUAAACCUCCCUCUUAUGGCCCAUGUUCUCCUCUCUGUGACACCCCUCGUGUUCCCACCACUCCUUAACCCUCUGAUAUAUGGAAUUCGAACACAUGCCUUGAAAAUGAAAGUUGUUCAAUAUUUACAGAUACUAAAUGAGGGGCCAAAAUGGCCAAACUUUCAGAUGAAAUUAUCUUCCAAAUUUGUCAAAAUUGUUAAACAUAAAGAAGUACACUGA